AUGCCGGAACCCGUCGCGGCAGCAGGCGCUGAGCCUGCUCGCCAGGAGGAGCAAGGCCAAUCGAUGCUCAUGAAAAUAUUCCAAGGUCUUGCGAUGUGGAUGGCCAUGCAGUUUGUUAUGAAACAGUUCACAGGAGGCGGCCAAAAGACCACGUCUGUCACCAACGCCGACGGACAGGUAGUCCAAGUCGCAACUGGUGCCAUACCACCAUACCAUGAGCGCCCACGACAGCUGAACGACGGAGCUGUCUACAGCCAUAUUCCCCAAUCCAUCGCCCCAAUCUGGCCAGACAACAGCGCCGUCGAUAUCAUCGUUACCGUUUCCCCGUCAUUCGUUGCUGAGCCUCUCGACAAGCUACCCAAGGACACCAUUGUCUUUCAGGAGAAGGGGUUCAGGAUUGGAAACUGGAGCGACUCAAGAGUUGCCGAGGGAACUAUCAAUGUGCCAGUUCCUGUUCAGAAAAACGGCACUCUCUGGGGACACUUUUAUAUUGGAUUGCCCGGCGCCCCUCUCGAUCCGACUCGGCGCAAUUACGAUCCUGGUGCUGCUUAUCACUUUGUUCACCCUCUGACGCAGUACAUCCCCAAGAAGAAGGAGUCCAAGACGAGGAACUUGCUAUCCGACAAUGCCGAGGUGGAGGAAGUCGUGGUGGAGGAUGAGCCCGAGCAGGCUGGCCCGAUUGUCGCCAACUACUACCACCCCAACGUGUCGCUGUCCUUCAUCCCUGGUAGCGGCACGUUUUCGUUUCCUCAGGCUCAUCCAGCUAUUCGCCAGUAUAUCCGUCUCGAGGCAACAGGUGCCCGUGACGGAACUGGCCAGAAUGGAUGGUACUACCCCAUCCUCUUCGUCAACACCUUCUGGCAGCUCAAGUCCAAGAUGACCAUCGUGAACGAGACCGUGACCACUUUGCCCAUCCGCAUUGACCUCAACAACCUGGCCGACUGGAAGUUCAAGCUCAUGGCCCCCAUUGAGACGAACAGCAAGGAACAAGCUCGCCAGGCGGCCUGGGGAGGCGGCAUGUCAGCCGGUGGUGGCGACGGCAGCGAGAUCGAGAUGGUCAAGGAGAUCUUCAUGGACACCAACCCCAUCCUCCUCUGCGUCACCAUCAUCGUCAGCAUCGCGCACAUGAUCCUCGAGACUUUGGCUUUCGGCUCUGAUAUCGCCCAUUACCGCAAGAAGAAGGACAAUGUUGGUAUUUCCGUCAGAUCCAUCCUCGCCAACGUCUUCAUGCAAACCGUCAUUUUCCUCUACCUGAUCGACCAAUCCCAAAACACCUCCUGGAUGAUCCUCGGCGGCCAAGGCGUUGGCAUCCUGAUCGAACUCUGGAAAAUCACCACCGUCGUCAACGUCCGCGUCCGCGCCUCCCCCAACUCCCUCAUCCCUUACCGCAUCUCCUUUGAAGACAAGCACAAGCUCAGCACCACGGAGCAAAAGACUAAAGAGUACGACGAGAUCGCCUUCAAGUACAUGUACAUGGCCGGCGUGCCUCUCCUCCUCGCCUACGCGGUUUAUUCCCUGGUGUAUGAAACCCACAAGUCGUGGUACAGCUACAUCAUCGCUACGCUUGUCGGUUCGGUCUACGCCUAUGGGUUCUUGAUGAUGCUGCCGAGCUUGUAUAUCAACUACAGACUGAAAAGCGUGGCGCACAUGCCGGGCAAGGCGAUGAUGUACAAGUUUCUGAACACGUUUAUUGAUGACUUGUUUGCGUUUACGAUCAAGAUGCCGUUUCUGCAUCGGUUGGCGACCUUGAGGGAUGAUGUGAUUUUCUUUAUUUAUAUUUAUCAGAGGUGGGUGUACAAGGUUGAUUAUACCAGGGUCAACGAGUUUGGUCAGGGGGGUGAUGAGGAUGAGGAAGAGGAGGAGGAGGAAGGGGCCAAGAAGAUUGAGGAGAAGAAGAAGGAAGGGGAGGUUGUGGAGGAGCCGAAGGAGGAGAAGGAGGAGGCGGUUAAAGUGACGGGGGCUGAGAAGAAGGGGAAGGCGACCAAGAGGAAAUGA